AAGCUAACAAGCUACAUCACACGCUUGCUGAGCACAAGGCCGAACUCUGGGACGCUUUACGGCUUCUGCCGCUAGCCGUAUGACUGGUUACGUUAAUUAAACCUUUACUGGACAUCAGAGUAUUAUGGCGGUCAGGUAAAGCCGUUGGGUGGAAACUCCUGCGCUUUGCUGCACUCUGAAAGGGCGGUUAGCCCGGCGCGCUGCUUUACUAUGCCUGACUGGCUAGCAGCUAGCGGUUAGCAUCCAUUGAGCACCGUAAGUCCUGUACGCGCUAGCUGUACUGUUAGCGAAUGAAAUAAAUAACGGCAAGGCACAAGACGCAGAAUUACAAUGUCCCAUGUGAGAUAAUGCUUUAAGUACAACGGACUUGUUCUGAACAACUUAACGACCUGUUUAAGAUGCAAAGGUGCACAAGUCGAAGAGAUAUGGAGCAUGGAACCGGAAAACUUUGAAAAACUGAAACCAGUUCAUGGGCUGAUUUUCCUUUUCAAGUGGCAGCCAGGAGAGGAGCCCGCCGGCUCCAUUGUCCAGGACUCACGGCUGGACCACAUUUUCUUUGCCAAACAGGUCAUUAACAAUGCGUGUGCCACCCAGGCAAUUAUUAGCGUGCUGUUGAACUGCACUCACUCAGACAUGCAGCUCGGAGACACACUGUCUGAGUUCCGGGAAUUCUCGCAGAGUUUCGACGCGGCUAUGAAAGGUCUGGCACUGAGUAACUCUGAGGUGAUACGACAAGUCCAUAAUAGUUUUGCCAGACAACAGAUGUUUGAGUUUGAUGCAAAGUCAUCUGCGAAGGAUGAAGAUGCGUUCCACUUCGUGAGUUACGUUCCAGUCAAAGGCAGGCUUUACGAGCUGGACGGGCUCCGCGAGGGCCCGAUUGACCUUGGGGUUUGUAACCAAGACGAGUGGAUCAGCGCAGUCAGGCCCGUUAUUGAGAAAAGAAUUCUCAAGUACAGUGAAGGGGAGAUACGGUUUAACCUGAUGGCCAUAGUGUCAGACCGAAAGAUGAUUUAUAACCGAAAGAUUACCGAACUGCAGAGUCGGCUUGCUGAGGAGGAGCCAAUGGAUACCGAUCAAAGUAACAAUCUACUUUGCUCCAUUCAGUCAGAAAUUGCGAAAUAUCAACUCCUCAUAGAAGAAGAGAAUCAGAAGCUGCAGCGAUAUAAAAUGGAAAACAUCCGGCGAAAGCACAAUUACCUACCAUUCAUCAUGGAACUGCUCAAGACAUUAGCUGAGUACCAGCAGUUGAUACCAUUGGUGGAAAAGGCAAAAGAAAAGCAAAAUGCUAAAAAUGUCCAGGAGGCCAAAUGAUGGUGCUGAGGCUUUGUACCGUGGCUCAUCGUAGCGUCACAAAGCGUGCACAGAAACCACAGGUGACUUAAGCUGUCCAGUCCAGCGUCUGAAAAUCCAUGCAUGCAGUGAAGUGUUGGAGUAGACCAUCUGUUCUCCUGUCACAGAUUUGCUAAUUAAGUCUAAAUCUGUUGAAUCACGUUAAAAAUUCAAGCUUGAAAUAAAUGAACAUUUCUCCUCCAUUCCCCCCCUUUUUUUUGUAAAAGUUGUAAAUGAUUGACUUGUCAAAUUUGUUUAUUUGAAUUGUAGUGGCAGCAUCUUAAACACAUUGGAAUUUUGUUACUGAUGUUUUUUUUUUUUAUUUGGAUGCUGUUGAUUUAGUAUUUAAAGUGUCAAUAGGUGGAGCUGUUUUUCCAAAUAUGGCCACGCGAGUCACUGUGUAUCGCACUGAUAGGUAGUGCCUGUCUUGUUAGUCGUCUCCCUCAUGGCAUUAAGUCCAUAAAUGGGUAAAUAAAAGUCAUCUUAUGAUAAAAGAAA